CUAGAUGAUAUUGGGUUUGGUUGCAAGGACAAAAUUGAACGUGUGAUGAUGGAAUGCUCAGGGGAAGAAGACGGAAAUCAUACCAAAGAAGACACCCUGAAAUUGAUGAAAUAUACUAGCAACUGUUUGAAGAACGAAAUAAAUCAGUACCAAUACGCUUCUUGGACGACAUGUGGACGACGACGCAUAUUUACUAUACAAUGCAUUAAGAAUAAACUGACUUUACUAUCAACCAGUCGUAUGAGAAUUGGAAAAUGGUGCUUUGUGGAGAUACGGUCUGCAAUUGUACCAAGGGACUGGGAAGACCGAUACUACUGA